AUUCAGUCAGUGUAUAAUUGUGCGAGAUCGUAUUAUACUAUAGUCCAUCUGGACAGUUUAAAACAUCAUAGUGACGAAAUAUUACGGGUACCGGAAAGCCAAAUGCACCUUCCCAUUUAACAUGGUGAUGGGAAUAUUUAAAGAAGCUAUAGCAAGAAAUCUGAGGCACCCAAAAAGUGGACCGGCAGGCUGGUUCGUCAGCAAAUACGUUUUUGAAGAAAAAAAUAAAAACUUGGAGAAAAACGCUGUCAACGUGUGCAACAUUUCUAAAGAUGAUAUUGUUCUAGAAGUGGGAUUUGGUCCGGGGUUUGGACUCGAAGAGGCACAUACUAAAAUAAAAGAUGGAAAGGGUAAGGUCUAUGGAGUCGAGAUCUCCCAAGCAAUGUUAAAAAAGGCGGGACGUUUACUCCAGACUGAGAUAAACUCAGGAAAAGUUGAACUAAUACUGGCAAAUGUCGCAAAACUGCCUUUCGAAUCCGACAUGUUUGAUCACGUGUUUCACUGCAACUGUUACUAUUUUUGGGAUGAUCAGGUUGCGUGUGCUGGAGAAUUGCAUAGAGUAAUGAAACAAAAUGCAAACAUGGUAGCUGUACUGAACGAACAGGGUCUAAAAGUAGCGGAAGAAGCGGGAGUCUUAAAAUACGGAAACACAGACCCACAUAGAUACAUGGACUCUUUAAAGAAAGCUGGAUUUCAGGAUAUAGAUUUCAAGAAACUGAAAAGUGCAAAGGGUCAUCCAUUUAGUGCAAUUUUUGCUCGAAAAUGAUUUUAAUAAUGGCAGCUGUGAUUCCAUGUCAUAAAAUUGU